AUGAGCUUCGUCCCCCGUCGCGGUCUCUCGACCCUCAUCCCCCCCAAGGCUCUUGGUGCGGACCCCAACGCUGUUCGCAUGCAGCGCGUCGUCAACUUCUACGAGAAGCUCCCCCGUGGCCCUGCCCCCGAGACCAAGGCCACUGGCAUCCUCGGCCGUUACGCCGCCAAGCACUUCAGCGGCAAGAACGCCUCGGCGAAGCCCAUCGUCCACGCUCUCGGCCUCCUCCUCGUUCUCGGCUACGCCCAGAACUACUACUUCCACCUCCGCCACCACAAGAACAAUGCCCACUAA